UGUCUGGAACCUGAGGCAAGUCUGGUGAUGAGCUCUGGCUUCCCUUGGAGAACAAUGAGCCCAGCAAUUGUCACCUCUGGGCAUUUCCUGGAGUGUAUACAUGUCUUCAAGUUUGGGGAGGCGGCAGGGGAAAGAGUCCUUUUUCCGAGGGCAAAAUGGUGUUGGAAUGGAGGAACCUGGCAAAGGUGUGGAUCUUAUAUGAUUCAUAAAGCUAGGUAUAUUCCCUGAGCUGUCAAGUCGAAAGGAUACAUUCAGGCAUAAUAUUUCUAACUGUUAACAACUUUAAAGAUCCCCCCCCCCCCCGUAAUUUCUGUAACAAGCUGGUUCUAGGUUCUUCUUAUUAUCUUCUUUUCCAUAGACGCAACUCAUCAGCCUAGAUCACUGGCAUUCCUUCUCAUCUUGUACAUUGCAACAGUAUUUUUUUAUAAAGAGGGCCAUGGAAGAAGACAAACCCUCAAGUCCUUCAUCUGGAGUGGGAUUGAACAGGAUGGAAGAAUUCCUCCCAGGUGAGGCCCUUUCCGUGUGUUCUUGUGGGUCACAAAGCUGCUAAGGGGUCAGGGCUGUGAUAUCUUCCUAUCUCCUGGUAUGCCCCAUGGAGAGCCUCAAGGUCCAUAAAUAGCAACACCCUAGUGGUCCCAGGCCUAAGGAAGUUAGAUUGGCUUCAACCAGAGCCAGGGCCUUUUCAACUCUGGCUCCGGCCGGGUGGAACGCUCUGGCUCAUGAGACCAGGGCCCUGCAGGAUCUGAUUUCUUUACACAGGGCCUGUAAGUUGUUCCGCCUGGCCUUUGGCUUGGAGCCAAUUUGAUUCCCUCCCCCUCUUUCUUUUUUCUUUUUUCUUUCUCCUCCUAUGAUGAGGCAAUAUUUUAAUGUUUCAAUAUUUUAAUCUUGUUCUUAGGUUGUAUUCAUUCAACUUGUUUUUUAUUAUUGCUUGUUAGCCGCCCUGAGCCCAGCCUUGGCUGGGGAGGGUGGGGGAUAAAUAAAAAUUGUUGUUGUUGUUGUUGUUGUUGUUGUUUAUCCUGUAAGUGGCCACUUGUGCCCGAAAGGCCAGCUUCAUUUUAUGCUGCCUUUUGCUGCUCCUGAAAUUCCCUUUACAGUGGUGCCUCACAAGACGAAAUUAAUUCGUUCCGCGAGUUUUGUCGUCUUGCGAAGCACGGUGUCGGGAAAGUUUUGGAAAAGCUUCAAAAAUCACCAAAGUCUUUAAAAACCUCAAAAAAGGCUACCACACCGCGUGCUAUGAGUUGCUCCUCGAAGUCAAGUCGCAUCUGUAUUAACGGUGUUAAGAAAAAGGAAACAAACUUGCAAGACGUUUCCGUCUUGCAAAGCAAGCCCAUAGGGAAAAUCGUCUUGCGAAGCAGCUCAAAAAACAAAAAACCCUUUUGUCUAGCGAGUUUUUUGUCUUGCGAGGCAUUUGUCUUGCGAGGUACCACUGUACUUCCAAUCCAUCACUGUUCCUUCUGUCCUGCUAGAAUUCUGGCUUAAUUUUCCUGGCUAUUUAAUAUGUAUUUUCCCUGUUGAUGGUUAGGGCUGAAAGAAAAGUAAACUCAUUGCAACAUGCUUUUCACUCGUGGAGGAGGGAAGUUGGGAAGAAGUAUAAGUAUAAGGAAACACUUUACACUUUUGUAUUUGCACCUUCUGCAGGUUAGCAUCCAACUUGCCAGCUCUCUCUAAAAUAAAGUUUCUCUCUUAUUUCCAGCAGAUGAUAUGCUGGAGUGGAAGACUGAGGGAGAAGGAAUGGAGGUUGAAGUGGAAGGAGACAUCUUGCGUGAUCAGGAUGGAGCAAGGGAGAAACUGGGAAAUGAGAGGGCUCAGUGUGUAUCUGAUCUGGAUGGAAUCUUCACUGAACAAGAAGAUCCAGACAAGGGGAGUUAUGGUGCUCAUCUGAGAAUCUGUGGGGAAGGGAAGCAGUUUCAAAGCUCAAAACUUGGGAAAAGUGGCAGUCACAGCAGAAAGACUUCUGAAUUGCCGUCACUCAGGACAAACGAGAAACGAUAUAAAUGUUCGGAGUGCGGGAAGGGUUUCUAUCGGAUUGCAAGCCUAAGCUUACACAAGACCUUUCACGUGCCCUACAAAUGCAAUGAAUGCGGAAAGUGCUUCCAUCACAAAUCAAACCUGGGAUUGCACGAAAAAGUUCACCAGGCAAUGAGGUCCACAGACUGCGGGAAGAAACCUCGCAGAACUCCAGACAACUCGCAACAAAACCAAAGAAUGUAG